AUAAAACUGUCAUCAUAGAAAUGGAAAUCUAGCUGGAAAGCGGAAACUGGAAACUUGGAACUUGGAAAGUAGAAGACUGGAAAUAUUCUCGGAACUUGGAAUCGGUGUUGGAAGUAUUGAUUUUUCCACACAUAGAUAGAACUCAUGUUCUGUACGUAGUAUCGUUGUAUUUAUUGACACAAAAGCAAAUACAGCAAGAUCAUAAGAUGUCCGCUAAACUUCACGAAGCCCAAGAACAUUGCAAGGCUGCAGAUAAAUUUUUAAAGACUUCCUUCCUGAAGUGGAAACCUGAUUAUGACUCUGCUGCCGACGAAUAUAGUCAAGCAGCUCAAUGUUAUCGCAUCGCUCGUGAUUUACAAACUUCAAAGGAUUGCUAUUUUAAAGCUUCUGAGCUUUAUAAGAAGAAUCGUGCGUUUUUCCAUGCAGCCAAAGCACUUGAGAAUGCUAUUAUAGUUGGGAAAGAGAUGACACCACCUGAUCAGCUGUACUCCCUUGCUUGUGAGUCCAGCAGUUUGUACCAGCAACAUGGCUCGGGAGAUUCUGGGGCUAGUAUCCUGGAUAAAGUGGCAAAGAUCAUUGAAGAGAAAGCCCCAGAGUUGGCAGUUAAGUUGUUUCAGCAGGCUGCUGAUGUUUCUUCGACUGAAAGUGGUCAGCACCAAGGCUCAGAGUACAUCAGCAAGUCAUCAAGGAUUUUGGUUAAGCUGCAAAGAUAUGAUGAGGCUUUAGAUAGCCUUCGACGCGAAAUUGGCUUCCACCAGGAGUCUGGUAACAUAAUGGCAGUAGGAAGGCUAACGGUUGCAAUUGUGCUGGUACAACUUGCAAGGGGUGAUGCUGUUGCAGCUGAGAAAGCUUACAAGGAAUGGGGCAACAACUGUGAGGCUCCGGAAAUGCAGACCAUCGAACAACUGCUGCAAGCUUUUGACGAGGAGGACCGUGAAUCUGCCCAGCGCGCGCUCGCAUCGCCUUUCAUUCGCAGUAUGGAUGUCGAGUACUCGCGUCUUGCGUCCACGAUUCCGCUGCCAGAGGCCUUGGAACCAGCACCGAAAAGCGUGGUGCGGCCGAAUGCUGCUCUUUCAUAUGUCACCGCCAGUGCUAACAGCAUAGCGAAGGAAGAAAAUGAAGCUAAUUUGCGAAUACAGCAGUCUUUUGAUAAAGCGGCUCAAGAGAAUAAGGAGAAAGCCGCUGAAGACGAGGGAGGGUUGUGUUAAGCUCCAACUCAAGUAUGAAAUUGCACGCUGGCUCUCCGUUUAUUCGUCAAUCGACAAUCAUUAUUUUUCGUAUUAUUUUAGGGCACAAGGCUAAAAUGCAGUGCAGUGCACAUCGCAAAAUGCUGAGUCGCGGUUUUUUUGCUCUAUUUACAUCUUUAUGCUACAGCAAUAAAACGUCAUAUUAGUAAAUUUAUUACUUAGUUAAUUUUUCAUUUCACUUUAUUACGAAUACUUCAAGAUUGGGCAUACAUCUAGCCGUUUCUCCUUCAAUUAAUUAUUUUUCGUGUUAUUGAAAUUAUUGCAUAAAUUUGUUUAUUAACUCAUAUCUUUCCUUACUGCGCAAAGCUAUAGUAUCCGCAGAUAAUGCCCGUGAGUGAAUUUAAAAAUCUCCCUAUGGCAAUUACCGACCACAAGUUUUUUGUAAUUAAUCUAUUACAAGAAUAGUAAUAUAGUACGGGGCCUUAUUAUUUAAAUAACAAAUAGAGAAGUUUGACAGUCAGAAAUAUGUAAGAUUAUUUUAAUAUGAAGACAAAUAGCUUUAAUAUUAAUAGGUUGCAAAAAACAACUUUCAUCGAAGUAUAGGGUCAAACUGAUUUUGUAAGCAGUAAGAAAUUUUGUUCCAACUUUUAAGGUUAAAUUUUCAUUCAAUCUGUUUUAUUUUUUAUAAUUGAAAAUCUGGUGUGUACUGGAAAGGGAAUCGCUAACGAGUCUUCGUGAGAUCUGUUCACAUUAUAGGUAAGAAAAUAUGGCAACCGUUUUUCAUGGUGUUACAUCCCUUCCGUCAUGGACGUGCCACCACGUACAAAUCGUUUAACGGUUUAAUAAAUUAGGCUGAGUUUCUUGCCGGCUCUUCUCAGUGGAAUCUGCCUUCCGAACCGGUGGUAGAGUCACUACAAACAGACUGACUUGACGUUUCAAAAGUGCUUAUUAAUUAGGCCUACUUGAAAUAAAUGAAUUAAGAAUAAUUUUUUUGAAUUUAAUUUAGCUGCCAUAACCCCUAACAGUUUACACAUCACAUCUGUCACAUAUUCACUUGCCGUCAGGUGGCAUUGCAGUCAAGUCAAAAAAAAACUUUGAAGACAUAAAUAUUAAUUACUUACAUGUUAAUCAUUGAUCGAAAUCGUAUUUAAGGACUUAUUCUGCGUUAUAUGUAUAUAUUGAUGUUAAUUUUGUAGUUAUAUAUGUAGUCUUAAAAACACCAAAUUAGCUAUUUUAGGUUUAUUAUUAUAAUAUAAAAUAUUAGUAUAAUUUAGUCUACUGUUCUAGUUAUAUAAAAUUAAUAUUCUAAAAGUUGCGCUAAAUUUGUAUUAAUAAAUUAACCAGCAGUUAUAUAAUUUGUCAAAAUUCUUGUAUUUGUUAUUAUUGCCAAGUGUAAAUUUAGGCAGUUUAGUAGUUACUUAGGCAGGAUUUAGUGAAACGGAAUAGGUAAACCAAAUCCGUAUUAGUUAUCAGCACAUUUCAGCUUAAUUUUGUUAAAAAGGAAUUAUAUAAAUGUCAUGGAAGAAUAUUUCUCAUAUAUGAUACGUCAUGAAUUAUUUUGUAUCUUUUUUCUCUGUUAAUACUACUAAACUACUAAAACAGAAAACAAAAGAUCUCCACAUGAUAGAUCAUUAUAGUUCCUAAUAGUUAAAACAUUUGUUUAUUUGUUAUAUUAUGUAUAGAUUUUAUUUUAUUCUGUUAUUUUACAUUCAAUAUUCUUGGAAACAUUAAACACGCAAAAAUAUUAAUAAUUCAUUUAAUUAUGUACGUACUUAAAAUUACAUUACGUUAGUUAAUUAAAAAUAAAGCAUCGUUUUUUUCAGAUCACAUUUUUGACAUUUAUGUAAUUUAGCUUGUUCUUCAUGAUGAUCGUAAUUCAGCGAUAUUUGAGCAUUUAAUAUUUAUAAAUCACUUCGCGGUACUACCCGGUCAAGCUAAGUUUGCACCGCGGAUUACGUCACACUGACGCUUAGGUACGGUAUGUAAAAAAGAAGAUCAUUUUGAUCCCUUAAAAGAAUUGUUGUUGUAAUUGAAAUAUUAACUAAACGAAUCAUUGUUAAAAAGUGUUUGCCAAUUAAUUUUGACUAAUAGUAUGUCAAUCAUAUAUCAGCGAGGUGCAAAUUUAGCGCGACCGAAUUAUAUAUUACGUAUAUU